AUGAGCCCCUCGUCUGCAAUAUAUCCAGAGAACCAGUUAGCUAUCAAGAUUGGCCAUGGAAAACCAAAAUUCAUACGGAGGUCGUUUACUCUUGCACCCCAAAGUAAAUCCCAUCAGUUCAGGAGUUUCAUUCCGGAAAAUAUAGCAGAACUACUAUCGUCCUACGUCAACAUUAUAGCCCUUCACAAUCCGGAGGUUAAACCAACCAAGAACAUUCCCAAAAUUAAACAGGCAAGAUACACCCUAAAGAUAUUCAAUCAAACAAUCCAUUCCACACAAAUUCCAAAGGAGCCAUAUGUUUCAAAAGUUGGUACAUUGGAAAUUUUAAUCAAAUCAGUCAUUUUGGAGGAUAUACAAGUAUAUUCACAAUCCACAUUGGAGGAUUCUAAUUACGGAAAUAAUGCCACCAUAACAUGCUUUGUUGGAAAAACAAAUUCAAACACAAAUGGAGUUGCCAUUAUAUACUUGGUGAGGUGUAUAAAUGGAAUUCCUUUACCAGAACACUCUUAUGAUAGUUGUAUUAUUUCAAAAUCUAUGAGGUUGCCUCAACAAAAUGUGUUAAAUAAUUAUUCAUACAGCAUGCUACUUAAAAGCAAAAUGUCAGAAUAUGGAAUAACAACACCAAGAAGAACGAAAAAAUUAUGUAUAAAGAAUUCUGCUAGAAUGAUACAUCCACCAGGAAUAACAAGACAUCAUAAUUAUAUUACAAGCAUACCUGUCAAAUCAGCACCAGAUUCAACGUGGAAUAUCAUGUUCCUGAAUGAUAAUGUGAAAGUACAAAUCAUAGAUACUGUCCCCAAAGUUGUUGCUGCAAUCAAAGCAAAAUUGGAAACUUCCGGAAAACCCCUGGAGCUGGAAUCCACAAUCGAAACAAAGGUUAUAUUUACUACAAAACAAUAA